AUGAAGUACGCUAUCCUCCUUGCUGCUGCCACCAUGGGCUCCUGCCUGCCCCAUUCCCCCUCCGGGCAGAAGCUCCCUUUUAACUUUGGCCUCAGUGGCGGCCGUGGCUGCGACAUCAGAGGCAUGAGGGUGAUGUCGUGCGGCACCAAGAAGUACUGCGAGGCGAUUGAUAAAUUGGGCAGCGAAGACGGAAGACUGCAUGAGGAUAUCCGCUGGAGUAGCACCAGGGAGUGCCUAGACGCCCACGUCCCUGAGCCUAGGAACCUGCCCUGGAAGCAGCCUGAAGAGCAUAACUUUUGCGGAAGCCGUGGAGAUGAGAGCGAGGUCGCUUGCGGCACCGAGAAGUAUUGCAAUUUGUUUGAGACAAAAGGCCGAUAUAAAGUCUCCAUGUCGCCCUAUAUCUGGACCAAGGAACAAUGCCUUGCGGCCCACCAGCCAAAUCCGGACCAGAUCUUGUUCCCAGUUGACUAG